GGCCGAUUUCAAACAAUGUCUAAGUAUCCGAGUGUCACCAACCUUAUGCGAACGAACGUGUCUAUCAAAAGUUCCUAAUAUCACGCUGCUGCUUUCAUUUUUGACUUCGGACUUUAUAUUGGACAACUUCAAGCUCAAACUACAUUGAACCCCAUCAACUUACUGUAUCAACAUCGUUUCCGGAAAUUUCGACCGUUCAAACCCCAUAAUUUUUCCCCAGUUCCGUAUGCUGACAUAAACAUCUGGGAAAAUAUGAGCGAAUCAGAUUCUUACUUUUCUUGCUUAGCACCUUAGCUCCACACUAAAACUUGGACCCGUAAUGCCUCGGCAUCCAUUCCAGCGGAGAGACGAGCGCUAUUACAUUUAACACAAAACCCCCAACAACCCAUUCUCUAAGAUUCUUUCUAUUAUUUAUCCUCUAAACUUUCUUUCUCAAGACUUUUGUUAUCCUCUCAUCAUCUUCUCUACCUACAAUUCUAAUUAAAAUGGCACCUAGAGUAAUUGUCGUCGGCGGUGGUCUAUCUGGCUUGAGUGCUGCACAUACCAUUUACCUGGCUGGUGGCAACGUCGUUGUUCUAGAUAAACAAGCCUUCUUUGGUGGAAACUCGACAAAGGCUACCUCCGGUAUCAAUGGAGCACUUACUCGAACUCAAGUCGACCAAAAGAUUCAAGAUAGUGUAAAGCAAUUCUACGAUGACACACUAAAAUCGGCAAGAGAUAAGGCAAGACCAGAUUUGAUCAAGGUCUUGACAUACAAGUCCGCUGCCGCUGUUGAAUGGCUUCAAGAUGUAUUCGGAUUAGAUUUGACUCUCGUAUCACGACUAGGUGGUCACUCACAUCCAAGAACUCACCGCGGACACGAUGCGAAAUUCCCUGGUAUGGCCAUCACAUAUGCUUUAAUGCAAAGGCUAGAGGAGCUCGCUGAAGCAGAACCCGAACGUGUACAAAUCAUCAAGAAGGCACGAGUUACAGGACUGAAAAAGGAAGGAAACAAGAUUAGUGGUGUCAACUAUGAAUUCGGCGGCGAACCUUCAUUUAUUGAAGGACCAGUCAUUUUGGCCACUGGUGGAUACGCAGCAGAUUUCACCGAAACAUCUCUACUCAAGAAACACAGACCUGAUACAUAUGACUUGGCAUCUACCAACGGUGUUCACGCUACUGGUGAUGGUCAAAAGAUGGUCAUGGCCAUUGGUGGUAAUGGAAUCGAUAUGGACAAAGUUCAGGUACAUCCAACUGGUCUCGUCGAUCCUAAGGAUCCUGGAUCCAAGUGGAAGUUCUUGGCCGCUGAGGCUCUCCGUGGAGAGGGAGGUCUUCUAUUGAAUGGCGAUGGUGAUCGUUUCUGUGAUGAACUUGGUCACAGAGAUUACGUCUCCGGUGAGAUGUGGAAAGAAAAGGACAAGGGGAAAUUCCCAGUUCGUCUCAUUCUCAACUCCAAGGCAUCAAAUGUUCUUGACUUCCACACACGCCAUUACUCUGGUCGUGGUCUCAUGAAGAAGAUGACUGGUAAGGAAUUGGCAAAGGAAAUUGGUUGUACACCAGAUCACCUUCAAGGAACCUUCAAGAAAUACAACAAAAUUGCUGAAGGGAAAGAGAAGGAUCCAUAUGGCAAGAAGUUUUUCCACAAUGGGCCAGUUGAUAUUGAUGAUGACUUCCACGUUGCUGUUAUGGAGCCUGUUCUUCAUUUCACAAUGGGUGGUAUCGAGAUUAAUGCAGAUGCACAAAUUCUCAACCAAGAAGGCAAACCAUUUGAAGGUCUUUAUGCCUGUGGUGAAUUGGCAGGAGGUGUUCAUGGUGCCAAUCGUCUUGGUGGAUCAUCUUUACUUGGUUGUGUUGUCUACGGACGUGUCGCAGGUGAUUCUGCUAGCAAUUACCUUUUCCAAAAUGCUCUCAAGGGUAAUCUUGGCGCUGCAUCUCGUCUUGGUCAAGUUUCCCUUCACAUUGAUCCAUCACAACCUGGCAAGAUUUCCAUCGAAUGGGAUAGCCAGUCUUCUGGUAGUGGCGACAAAGUAGCUCAACAAUCCCAAACAUCAGCUGGUCCAGUCAUGAAAAAUGGAGCAGAUUCAUCUGAUCCAGGGAAAGUCAGCAAGCCAACUAAACCAUCCGAAUUCAAAAUCCCAGAAAAAGAAUUCACAAUGGAUGAAGUCGCGAAACAUAACACGAAAGAAGAUUUAUGGGUUGUGGUUAAGGGUGUCGUUAUGGAUGUAUCGAAUUGGUUAGACGAACAUCCAGGUGGACCACAAGCUCUUAUGAACUUCAUGGGUAGAGAUGCUACUGAGGAAUUUGAGAUGCUUCAUGAUGAUGAAGUCAUUCCUAAGUAUGCUGCUAGCCAGGUUAUUGGGAGAGUUAAGGGUGUCACACCUACUUUGGAACUAUAAGUUCAGUUGAUUAGGAUUGAGACUUGAGACUUGAGAAAAUGACAUGUUAUGGGUUGUAUUACGGUGAAUGGAGAUAUGGGUUUUCGGCUUAGGUUUUGGCUUGCUUGAUGAUGGGAUGGAUUCAUUAUGCUCGUUUAAGAAAUUGUAUUGUAUUGAUAUAAAGACAAGAUGAGAUGAUAUGAUAUUUCUAAUUUGACUGGAUAGUUUACAUUUACUAUUUGCAUAUUGUGUACUGGUAGUUGUUUGUUCCUAAUUCAACUCGUGAUCUCAAUACUCACUCCACUCUUAAUUGAGCUUGUGAAUAAACCAUUAAGUAAUUCACCCCA